AAUGGGUGGAGAAGGCCAGACUCUGUUACUAAUAAUUCACAGCUGUCAGAUCUUAAAUUAGAACAGAAAAAUGAGAUGGGUGAGCCACAAUUUUUUACCCGUUAAAGUGGAUGGAGUUGCAGGUAGAGGGUGUCAAACGAUAUUCUUUGAAAGGAUGUCAGGAUGGCAAGUGGCCCUGGCUUGCCGGACAGCCUGGUGCUGGAAAUCUUCUUGCAUCUCCCUCAUAAGGCAGUGCUGAGUGCUGGGUUUACCUGCCGUCAGUGGUUUGCUGUGUCGCGUGAUGAGUUCCUCUGGAAGGAACUCUUCUACAGCUACUACCGCAUCCCACGCUCUGUACCUCGCCACCCAGCGGCUGUGUCAUGGUACAGGGAGUUCAAGCGGCUGUAUGACUGCAUCCCCUGUGUGGAGGUUCAGAUUUUGAAGGAACAUCAUGAUCAGGUCCUGCAUUUGGCCUUCUCUCACCGUGGACAUCGCUUCUCUUCCUGCUCCAAAGACUGUACUGUUAAGAUUUGGGACACAGAGAAACCAGAUGGCACCAUCUCUUUGGUUCACAGCUAUAGUAUGCGACAGUUUAACUGGGGCUACACUCAGUUCUCCCAGUUUAAUGCGGAUGACACACUCCUGCUGGUGUCAGGGGUCUACCUGGGCCCACAUCACUCCUCCUCUGGAGAGAUUGCAGUCUUCAGUUUGGAGAACUACACUCUACUGUCUCGCGUGAGAAAUAAGCCCUAUGACGUGUUCGGCUGCUGGCUGAAUGAGACCCACCUUAUCUCUGGUAACCUGCACUGGAUUGGCAACAUGACCUCCUGCUCUGUGCUCUGGCUCAACAAAGCCUUCCAGGACAUUGAGUCAGAAAACGUGAAUGUGGUGAAGCGCCUCUUUAAGAUCCAGAACAUCAAUGCCAGCACUAUCCGCACAGUGAUGGUGGCCCACUGCCGUCGGCAUGACUCUCCUGACCUCCUCCUGGACUAUGAAGCUCAGUCACAGGCACAAGCUCAGCGGACACAGCAGCACCAGCCUCUUUUCUUUGAUCUAGGAAACACAGACAGUGAAGAGGAGGAGGAGGAAGAAGAUAAUGAGGACGAGGAGGAUGAGGAGCGAGGAGAAAAAAGAGUGUCAGCACAUCUGCCCACAUUUAACCCAUCUGGGCUGCAGCAUGUAAUACAUGGAUGUCAGAGCAUAGCUGCUCGUGAUCGAGAGUUGGAGACAAAGGUGGCCAGGCUGAUGGGCAGCAGACGCACCAAAGCUCCUGAUCCAAACCUGGUGUCUCCCUCAGCUCCGGGAGAAGGAGAGGACAAGACCUACCUCCUCUUCACCACUGGCAGCCUUACCUACUCGCCUCACCAAAUAGGUAUCAAGCGGAUAAUGCCUGAUCAAAUGACAACGUGUGGUCCUGUGUUAGGAGAGGAGCGCAGUACAGAGGAAUUCUUUGACUCGUUGGAUCAUGUGAUCGACAUACACGGCCACAUUAUCGGCAUGGGUCUGUCACCUGACCAUAGGUACUUGUACGUGAACAGUCGAGCGUGGCCGGCGGGCUGUGUGAUCUCUGACCCUAUGUCCCCUCCUCCCAUCGCGGAGGAGAUCGACCUGCAUGUGAUUGAUCUGAAGAGUCUUAGAGAGGAGCGCCGUAGCCUUCGAGCUCACCGGGCCUUCACACCCAACGAUGAAUGCUUCUUCAUCUUCCUUGAUGUCAGCCGAGACUUUGUCGCCAGUGGCGCAGAGGACAAGCACGGUUACAUCUGGGACCGACAUUACAACAUCUGCCUGGCACGCCUGCAACAUGAUGAUGUGGUUAACUCUGUGGCCUUCAGCCCAGCAGACCAGGAGCUGCUGCUGUCUGCCAGUGAUGACUCCACCAUUAAAGUGUGGCGCUCGCCACGCAUGGUGCGUCUCACCCAGGCCCCCCGACACCCACCACGGGCUCACAAACUGCUCUCCUCCUUGCUCGGCCACAGAAGAGCUAAUCUGAAUGGCAAACCCUGACCUGGACUCUGGCAGGUGUAUCAAAACAUUACAGAAAGACACUCCAUGAGCAGAGAGACAUGUGUGAGGUCAAGAAACUAUGGACUUGCACAUGGGUGUCUAUGACAACAACAAGGGUACAUGUAUUUCCUUAGUGGCCCUCCUGCAGGAUGUACCGUGACCAACAAAUCACUGAAAAAUGAAAAGUGAUCUUUGCAUAAAGAAACAAAAGAAAAUGGGCUUUUUGGAUCACCAUAUUUGUGAAAGAUCAGUUCUGAUGCGCAAGAAAACGCACAAGAUGGACAUCAACAGGAUAUGUGACUUCAAAGGGCAAAGAACCAAGAAUUUUAAGAAAGAUGUAAAGGUCACAUUCACGUGUGUGUCACGUGUGCAGUUGUAAGUCCAUUUAACCCAGUUGUGGUGAGUGAAACACCGCCUGUGCAUGUCUGCACGUUCAUACAUUUUAUAAGUAUUUUUUUCUCUGUACAUUAUUAAAAAGCUUGACAACCUGAUGAUCAGAACAAGACCAUGAUCAGAGUAUUUAAAUACUCACUAAAAGGGAGAAAAAUCAAAAUUCUGCUAUAAAUUUACAACAGUUAUGUGUCUCUGGUGUUUUAUAUGUGGUCCAGUUUUAUGUAAUGAAAGGGCAGUUCAGUUACAGAAUGACCAUGUUUAUUUCUACUCCAUCUAUGCCUUUAUUAUUGAAACCAAUCUUAUCCAAUGUGCAUAUGGAUUUAACAAUCAUACUAUACUGAAAAUGUAAAAAUUCCAAAGAAAUUUAAAGCCUUUAUGUUGAACCUUUAGUCGUCACCUUUAUACAAUCAUUCAGUUUUAACAAUGAACCAGUGACACACCUCUGUUAUGGUGUCAUAUUUAUUUUAUAUUUACAUCUAGUAUGACUUAUGUCAUGACAUGAUGUGCAGGUUGGAUUCACAUUUAUUUCUAUAGGAUUGUUAAAACUACCAAACAGGUUUACCACAGGCUAUUUCAUUCUCCGUUAUAUAUUUAAUGUAGAUGAGCUCUAUGACUGUACAGCAUUGAAACACUAUGCAGCAUAAGGGUGCUUUGCUACUUUAUACUCAUAACUCACCUCCAGCACUUCACCUUCUUGUGUCAUAAGCUUACAUUGUUUACCAGCAGUAAAUGUUCAGCAAAGGUGCUCAUUUGUUAUCUCAUACAGAUGAAAAAAUAAAUGCUCCCCAUGGCUCACAUAUAUGAUCAAUACCUGUGAAGCUCCUCUGGAAUAUCUGUUACUUGUGUUAUGGCAACACAUGACAAAGUUUGGAUUACAAUAUGCAGCAUUCUUCUCUGUAGUUGUUAGUACAUCAGUUGUUUUGUUUUUAAUGGACCUAGAUCUCUGUGUGACAUUUAUUUGAGCUUGUGAAUCUGAUAUUCCCACCUGCCCUUUGGCUUUUUGCCAUCAUUAGAUUUUGUAUUGUGGAAUGUUUAUAAUUUGUUUGACCCAUUAAACUUUUUCUUUUACCAGA